GGUGAUUUCUUUUCUGUGUGUGGGGUGGUGAGCUCAGCUAGUUUGUUUCUUUGGGCCUAAUCCCCUCAUGCUGGACGCCAGGCUAUAUAAAGGACACAUGUUUGCUUUCAAAACACACGCUGAGCGAAACAGACAGCGACUACUGACUAACACACAGUCAUCAUGUCCUCUGGUGGAGAAAAAUCCAAGUCUGCCUCCCAGCCUGAUGGAAAGGCUGCUCAACAAAAAAGAACCGAGAUGGGCACGGGAAACUAUAGGAUGUACGUGUACGACCAGGAAAACUUUCAGGGCCGUAUGAUUGAGAUCACCAACGAGUGCAUGAACGUGUGCGAAAUGGGCAUGGACAGAGUGCGUUCCCUCCGCGUGGAGUGCGGCCCUUGGGUAGGCUGGGAGCAGAUGAACUUCUGUGGAGAGAUGUACAUCCUGGAGAAGGGCGAGUAUCCCCGCUGGAACUGCUGGAGCAACUGCCACAGGAACGACUACCUGCUCUCCUUCAGACCUGUCAGAAUGGACCCAGAGAAGCAUAAGAUCUGUCUGUAUGAGGUCGGUGAGUUCAAAGGCCGUAAAAUGGAGAUUAUUGAUGACGAUGUGCCCAGUAUGUACACCUACGGGUUUACCGACCGUGUUGGUAGCAUCAUGGUCAGCUGUGGAACUUGGGUGGGCUACCAGUACCCCGGUUACCGUGGCAGCCAGUACCUGCUGGAGAAGGGCGACUACCGCCACUUUAAUGAGUUUGGUGCUCGCCAUCCCCAGAUGCAGUCGGUCAGACGCAUCCGUGACAUGCAGUGGCACCCGGACGGCUGCUACUCUAUGGCCACCAAGUGAGGGCUUGGGAGGACGAGAAAGAGAGGGAACAGGGGGGAGAGAAAAACUGAGGGA